UACCACCUACAAAAUAUAAAAUAUGUAUUUACUUAAAUCAGUUUCUCUUUGGAAAAUUGUCUAUGGUUUCCGAUCGCGGCAGCGCUGGGAGGAAGCAAAAACGAUCCUGGCUUCUCAAGGAUAAACGUUUUGGUUGAUUUGCUACAGUACACUAGUACUGUAACGACUUGGCGCGAAUAAGGACUGCUGGAGGAGACGAAAAUGAUGCAUCAGCAAUCCAUGAUGGUUGGAGAUAUGAUUCCCGUACACUCUGAACUACCCGUGCAUAACAAUGAAAACAUGAACAAUGUAGCUUACGAGAACAGCAGUUCUCCAGCUUAUGACGAUCUUUUUCCGGCUUUGCCUCACUCACAACCCCCUGUCCAACGUAGCAUUCAACAGGUUACUAACAAACUUCGUGUUGGAUCUACACUCCAUACCCAGGUAUUCCAUGUACCCUAUGAAGAGAGGAAACUGGAUAAUGCCAAUACUUUUGGUGAAGGCGAGUCAUUAAGGACAUGCCAGUCAAUCACCAAGGACACUGGGGCUCACAUUGAGAUAUCUACCAGCAAGGAUGGAAGUCUUACUUUUCUCAUUACAGGAAAACAUAGUGCUGUGCUUGAUGCAAGGCGUCUCAUUUUGACGCACUUUCAACAACAGGCAAGCAAGCAAAUCAACAUUCCUAAAGAACAUUACCGCUGGAUUUUGGGCAAGCAAGGACAAAAGCUGAAGGAGUUGGAGAAAUUGACCGCAACCAAGAUUAAUGUACCCAGUAUUUCAGACAACAGCGAAAUUAUUACUAUUACUGGUACUAAGGAAGGUAUUGAGAAGGCAGAACAUGAGAUUCGAGUGUGCUCUGAGGAACAGUCACGUAAGGCGUUGGAGCGCAUCACCGUGCCCAAGAUAUACCAUCCCUUCAUCCAAGGGCCAUUUGGUGAGCGCUCAGCGGCACUCAGUGCUGAGACCGGCGCUCGCAUUCACAUUCCGCCUGCCUCUACUCAAAGCGAUGAGAUUGUUGUAGCUGGAGAGAAGACUGGUGUACUUGCUGCUAAAGCUCAGAUCGAACAGAUUUAUGAGGAAAUGCAGAAGAAAUGUUCGACUGUACGCGUAGAAGUGCCUAAAUCCCAGCAUAAAUAUGUUAUUGGUGCUCGUGGGACGACGAUUCAAGAAAUUUUGAAGGAGACCGGUGUGUCCGUUGAAAUGCCACCUCCAGAUUCUCCCACAGGAACAAUCACACUUCACGGCCCUCACAAUAAGAUUGGAUUGGCUCUGUCCAAAGUAUGCGAAAAGGCGAAUUCCGUUAAAACAGCAACAGUUGAUGCACCAACAUGGAUACAUAAGUACAUUAUUGGUAAAAAUGGAUCGAACAUUAAGAAAAUCACUCAGGACUUCUCUAAGGUACAUGUUGACAUCACACACUCGGAAGACAAAGUUAAAAUUGAUGGUCCCCCAGAAGAAGUUGAACGAGCUCAAGUGGAAUUAGAUGCGUUUGUCAAGAAUUUACUAGCGACACUUACUUAUGUUGAACUCACUGUUGACCCUAAGUUCUUCAAACACAUCAUCGGAAAAAGCGGAGCAAACAUUAACAGACUGAAAGAUGAGACUGGUGUAGUUAUUAAUAUUAUUGAGAACGAAGGUACCAAUGUGAUUCGCAUUGAGGGCAGUCACCAUGGGGUGGCCGAAGCCGAGAGGGAGUUAAGAGAUAUGGUUAAUAAGCUGGAAAAUGAAAGGACCAAGGAAGUUUAUGUCGACCAUAGGUAUAUCAAAUCGCUGAUUGGUGUAAGAGGCGACAAGAUUAAGGAAAUUCGUGAGAAAUUUGAACGCGUCCUAAUAUCUCUACCAGACCAGGGACAAAAGAGGAGUCCGAUCAAACUUAGAGGACCUCAGGAAGACAUUGAAAAGUGUGAGAAAUACUUGCAUAAGCUUAUGAAAGAGAUUGCCGAGUCGUCUUACGUACAAGAAGUGCCUAUAUUCAAACAGUUCCACAAAUUUAUCAUCGGAAAGGGUGGGGCAAAUCUGAGAAAAAUCCGGGAUGAAACUCAAACUGCUAUCGACUUGCCGGCGGAAGGUGAUGACAGCGAUGUUAUAACGGUGCGGGGUAAAAGGGAAAAUGUUGAGGAAGCCGUAAAAAGAAUUCAACAGAUUCAUAAUGAGAAAGCAAAUAUUGUGACCGAAGAAGUGACCAUUCCACCCAAGUACUAUAACUCGCUUAUCGGUGCAGGAGGAAAACUAAUUCAUUCAAUUAUGGAAGAAUGUGGCGGUGUUCUCAUCAAGUUCCCACCGGCUGAGAGUGAUAGUGACAAGGUUAUAAUCAAAGGCCCAGUCGAAGACGUGGAGAAAGCGAAGCAACAAUUACUUGCGCACGCGUCGGAACGCGAGCUGACGUCACACACGGCCACCGUGCGGGCUAAGUCCGAACAUCACAAGUUCCUGAUUGGCAAGAGCGGGGCAAAUAUUAAGAAAAUCCGCGAACUUACCGGCGCUCGCAUCAUAUUCCCCACUGAAAAGGAUGAGGAUAAGGAGGCCAUUUUCAUUAUUGGUCGCGAAGAUCAAGUGGAGGCUGCCCGAAAACAGCUAGAAACCGCAGUAGCGGAGAUCAGCAACGUAUCAGAGGGAGAAAUGUCAGUGGACCCUCGUCAUCACAGGCACUUUGUGGCAAGGCGUGGUGAAGUCCUCAGGCGUAUUGCUGAUGAGUGCGGUGGCGUUCAAAUUUCAUUCCCGCGACAGGGCGUGGCAAGUGACCGCGUUGUUCUUAAGGGGCCUAAGGAAUGCAUCGAAGCUGCUAAAAUACGGAUCAACGAAAUAAUCGAAGAUUUAGAAGCUAAGAUAACAAUCGAAUGCGUCAUUCCACAAAAGCAUCACAGAACAGUGAUGGGUGCUCGCGGUGCUAAAGUCAAGGACAUCACUGCAGAGUUCGAUGUUCAGAUAAAGUUCCCUGAGAGAGAUACGACAGAAGGAGCAGACAUUCCAGUGCGAGGUGAAGAGGGAUCGGAACCGGGACCAAAUGACACUAUCAGGAUAACCGGACGACCCAAGAAUUGUGAGGAUGCUAAGAAAGCUCUUCUCGACCAGGUUCCUAUAACUAUUGACGUCGAAGUGCCAAAUGACCUGCAUAGACUACUUGCUGGUCAGAAACGAAGAGACUUGAUGCAGACAUAUGAUGUCCACAUCCUCAUGCCGCCUAAUGAUGAGAUCACCGAUAUCGUUAAGGUGACUGGAACACCAACUAAUGUUGAAAAAGCCAAACAAGCUCUCACGGAGAAAAUAACUGAUAUGGAGAAAGAAAAGGAAGAUAGACUGCUCAGAUCAUUUGAGCUGAAAUUCCAAGUAGACCCUGAAUACCAUCCCCUAGUGAUAGGAAAGGGUGGUUCAGUGAUAACAAAGAUUCGCACUGACUAUGGAGUACAAAUUAACUUGCCUAAGCGUGGAGAGCCGGAUGACAACAUUAUUACCAUUCAAGGGUAUGAAGACAAAGCACACCAAGCUAAGGAAGCCAUCAUGGCUAUUGUUCAUCAACUUGAUAACCAACACAGGGAGGAGGUUGACAUCGAUCCACGAGUCCACAGACGCCUUAUAGGUCUCCGAGGCAAGAACAUCCGUCGCAUCAUGGAUGACUUCAAGGUUGACAUCCGUUUCCCGAAGCAGGGCGAUGAUAGCAUCGUCGUCAUAACUGGGGAUGAAGAUAAUGUCCUUGAUGCUAAGGAUCAUCUCCUUAACCUUGCUGAAGAAUAUCUGCAAGACGUCGCAGACCGAUACCAGAGACCCGCUGCUCCGUCUUUAGCUGACUUCGGUGAAGUGCUCGAGAACGCAUCUACUGCAAACGUGAAUACCAACAACCCUCCCUCUACCGGUUUCGUAGUUAAGGGUGGGCCUUGGGAACAACGCGCGCCCGAUACGGCCUCUACACACGAAUUCCCGACAAUGCCCGGUGGGCCCAAGGCCACUGCCACGCCUUCGAGCGCCCCACCCGCCUGGGGACCACGCCGCUAAUUACAUUUAUUGCCAUCCACACAUUAAGCCCAACCGACCUUUCUUUUAGAAUUUGACUAUUCAAUACAUUUUGAUGUCUUAACUUUGAGUCUUGAGGACUGUCUUUAUUUUUAGGGAAAAAUAGGACAGGUUUUCGAAGAUUUAAGUUCAAAAAUAGUACAUACAUACAUCAUCUACAAGGUGAUUCUACUAUCUAUCUAUCUAUCUCUAUCUACUUCUCUGGAGAAUUAAAUUAAUUUAAUAAAUAAACAGGUCCCUCGAAUGCGACUUCUGGUUUUACAAAUAUCAGAUUGGACUAAUAAAAAGGUGGAUCAUAUAAAAAUGGGUUAUUGUACUGGAUGGCACUGUCUAUAUCACUUGACCAUUUAAUAUUCUAUCAGAUUACUGCGAUCUUCUUAAGUCUCAACUAUGCUUGAUUUAUAGUAUAAAAUUAAAAUCAUAAUGAGAAUGAAGAAACAUACAGUUUUUGUUAAGGAUUUCUGUUGCAUAAUACCUGUGAGGUGUUGACACAGGGUACUUAAAAUAACACCUAAGCAGAAUUUAGAAACAAACGAAAAAGAUACGUUUUAAACGUAAUCGUUAUAUUGUUAUUUUUUUAUUUAAAUGUUCUUUUUAUUCAUAAAUAUGUUAACUGCUUAGUUAAGUUAACAAAACAUUCUGUUUUAGUUUUUAUUUUAUGAAUUUUCUUCGAUGUUGCAGUAAUCUGUUUGGCACGAUGUUUAACUUUCCGAUACAUUAAGUUUUAGAGCCAAAUCACGCCAUAGCGGUUUUUUUUUAAGUUUAAAUAUGCCAUUAUUUAAAACAUUUAUCAUAUGUUUGAUUCAUAUUUAAAGCAUAAUAA